AUGAAGACUCUAGCUGUACUGGCGCUGAGCGCCAUUGUCUGCCCUUCAGCUUGGGCACUCAAGCCGGUUGACGCAACGGAGAAGUUCUUGAUUGAAACCGCUCCUGGAGAGACCCGUUGGGUUACAGAGGCCGAGAAGUUCGAACUGAAAGAGCUAGUUAUGAUGCAGAAAGUCGUUAGUGCAACCAAGCUGACACCCCGUUUUGUUUGGAAGAAACACAUCGACUUCUUCGACAUUACAGACGAACAGGACCUGGACUUUAGCUUUGCCGCCGAGAAAGUCCUUGCCCAAUUUCCUACGCAAUUGAGAUAUGUGGCAGAAGCAAAACCUCUGGCAGCCCGUUUGUCCAAGGACACUAUGCGGAGGAACCUCGAGAGGUUCUCUUCUUUCCACAAUCGCUACUACAGAUCGCAAACCGGAGUACAAUCCGCAAACUGGCUGUUCGAACAGGCCAAUGCGAUCGUCUCGAACUCAGGAGCAGCGAGACGCGGUGCAACUGUGAGGAAAUUCUCGCAUAACUUCCAGCAGCCUAGUAUUAUCGUCACCAUUCCUGGAAAGAGCAGGAAUACCAUCGUGGUUGGUGCUCAUCAGGACAGCGUCAACAGCAGAUCACCCACCAAUGGCCGUGCCCCCGGAGCUGACGAUAAUGGAAGCGGUUCGAUCACUAUCCUUGAUGCUCUCCGUGCCCUUUUGACAUCGCCGAAAAUUGCCCAGGGAGAGGCGCAGAACACGAUUGAAUUCCACUGGUAUGCUGGCGAGGAAGCGGGCUUGCUCGGCUCACAAGACAUUUUCAGACGAUACAGGUCCGAAGGCCGUGCUGUCAAGGCCAUGCUUAACCAAGAUAUGACCGGAUUCACCCGACGGAGAGAGAGUGCUGGAUUGCCAGAAGCUUUCGGCGUGAUCACUGACAACGUCGAUGCUGGUUUGAGCGAGUUCUGUAGACUGGUCAUUAGAGGAUACACUGAUAUCACCUUCGUCAACUCCAGCUGUGGAUAUGCCUGCUCCGACCACGCGUCUGCCACCAGGAAUGGCUACCCAUCAGCAUUCAUUUUCGAGGCCGAUCAGCCACACUCCAACCCUAGCAUUCACACGACAAAUGAUGUUAUCGGCAACGUCAACUUCGACCACGUAGAGCAACACGGGAAGCUGGUCAUUGGCUUUGUUUACGAACUUGCGUUUACCAACCUUUAA